GAGAUAUAUCACUUACAAAGUGCAGAUCUUGGAGAACGUGUAUAAAUCUGCGCUCUCUUGUGAAGACUCUACCGGGAGUCGUGGUGUGGGUGGAGCUGCAGGUUCAGUCGCGCUGUACCAGCUCUCACUCAGUUGAGAGGAUGCCAGCAGUGGGGAAACCAUCGCUUGGAUGAAGAAAGCUGAAAUGGACCUAAGUGCACAUUCAGUUUCUUCUUUUCUUGAAUACACCACAGAGGAACUCCAAUAUCAUUUUCAGAAAAUGUGAUUUGAUUUUUGUUUUCUGAACAAGCAUUUUUUUUGGGAAGUGUUGGUCUGUGUGUAUGGUUCUCUUACUUCAAACAUAGCAUGGAGUGACAAUGAUGUUUUCAUGAGAAAACUUACACUAAACUUCUCUUUAUGGAGAAAAAUGACUGACUCUAACUUGAGGAAUAAAAGCAACUAUGGGCUGUAUUUUGAAACGUUCAACGUGUCCGCUCUGGAGCACGUCUUUUUCGACGACAACAUCACCAAAUGCGGUAACUUCACCAUGGACCCGCAGGUCGUCGGCACCGGGAUCUUCCUCGCCGUUUUCAUUCUGGUGGCCAUCGUCGGGAAUAUUUUGGUCAUCCUGUCCGUAGUGUGCAACAAACACUUGCAGAACAUCACAAACUUCUUCAUCGUCAACUUGGCGAUGGCAGACCUGCUGCUGAGCAUCAUCGUGCUGCCCUUCUCCGCAUCCCUAGAAGUGCUGGGAUGCUGGGUGUUCGGCCGGGUUUUCUGCAACAUCUGGGCAGCUGUGGAUGUGCUCUGCUGCACCGCCUCCAUCCUAAGCCUCUGCAUCAUUUCCAUAGACCGGUACAUCGGAGUAAAAUACUGCCUGAAAUACCCGAGCAUUAUGACCGAGAGGAGGGCAGUUGUUAUUCUGGUGCUUGUCUGGGUGUCCUCCACGGUGAUCUCCGUGGGUCCCCUCCUGGGAUGGAAGGAACCUCCGCCCGAGCAUGAGACCGUGUGCGGGAUCACGGAGGAGCCGGGUUACGCGCUCUUCUCCUCUCUCUUUUCCUUUUACCUCCCGCUCAUGGUCAUCCUGAUCAUGUAUUUUCAGGUGUACAUAGUGGCCCGCAGGACCACCAAGAGUCUGGAAGCGGGAGUCAAAAGGGAGAGAAACAAGACCGCAGAAGUUGUGCUGCGGAUCCACUGCCGCAGCGUGCUGGAGGACGCGCGCUCUGCCAGCUCCAAGAACAGUAAGACUCAUCCGUUCAGAAGUUCCCUGUCUGUGCGGCUCAUGAAGUUCUCCCGGGAGAAAAAGGCUGCCAAAACUCUGGCCAUCGUGGUUGGAAUGUUCAUCCUCUGCUGGCUGCCUUUCUUCUUCUUUCUGCCGUUAGGUUCUUUUUUCCCAGCACUAAAACCAUCGGAAUCUGUGUUUAAGUUUAUCUUUUGGCUGGGAUACUUCAACAGCUGCAUCAACCCAGUGAUCUACCCCUGCUCCAGCAAAGAGUUCCAGCGGGCGUUCACUCGGCUCCUCAGAUGCCAAUGUCACCAAAAGAGGAGGGUCCUGCGCCGCUUCUAUGACCAGAGGUGGAGAACAGCUGUGAAGGGAAUGACCAGGGAUCAGAUGAGGGACUAUGCUGCUGGCUAUCCAAUGCAUGAAUCUUGUGGAAGGUCAUUGAUACACAAGAGGAAACAUUGCUCCCUGGGGUUAAAGAAAUUGAGCCUUUUUUCACCCCUGCAAAAGUCCUCCUUCCAGUUCAAAGAAAAAGUGAACGAUCUCUCCAAUAAAAUCAAAGGAGGAACAGGAAAAGGCACCCCACCUGCCCUGGGCGAGACUGAAACAGUGGAAACAGUCUCUAUGGGGAUUUACAAUUCCUGUGAGCAGAGCAGUUUUCAGUUCUACGACUUGGCAGAGUGUUACGGCCUUAAAGAGACUGACAUUUAGAGAGUCUCUGAGGACACUUUUAGCUAUUUUCAAAGGACCAUGCUGCUUCUUCUCUCCAGACACUGUGAUGGAGCAUACUUCUAUGGUCAGAAAAUACAAAGAACGGCAAAACUAAGAGUAAUGACUUGACACCAGCACAAACUGGACUUAACCUUUGUUUCAUUGCAAGUUGUGUUUAUGUACAUGAUAUGGAUAAAAAGUACAGUUUUGACUCCCUGGAUUUAUAUUUAGUCAUUUUAACACACGUUCAUGUUCCUCAGCCCAUAACGUGGGUUAGUCUGUGUUGAUGUAUUCUGUUAAAUUAUAUUUCUGACAGCCUCCUUGUGUUCAAUUAUUAGGCAACUGAUGAUGUGUAAAAUGCAACUGUGACAUCUAUGAUUUAGAAAAAAUAGGAAGAACAAAAAUCUUCUAGCUGCUUGGAGAAAGUGCAAGCAUAAAAGUCAAAAGUGCAAUUUUUAUUGUUGAUUCAAACUUUGGAGUGUAAUAUAUCAGAAAUAUUAUAUUCCUUCUGAAAUGUUUGUAAAGUUGCAUUUGUAGGGCAAUCUGAUACAAAUAUGUACAUCAAAAUGUAAUUUGCCCUGCCAAGUGAUCGCGAAUGUGAAAUAAAUGUGCUUCUUUGUGUUUUGUAAUGUAAUGUUUUUGUCAGACAUAAAGCAAAAUAAAAAUGGGAGAAAAAAUAUUUGAGAAAUUUUUUUUUUGAGAAAAAUACUUUUAUGCUUGACAAAAGAACACACUGAUUAAUGAAUCCGCUGCAUUUAGAAAAUGUCAUUGUUCGAUUUGGACCUUUUUCUCUAUAAGACCAUUCAUAUAUAUUUUUUUGAUUAAAGGUUAUGCUUGGUAUGUUCUAUAAAUUAUUCUUAAAAGCAACAAAUUAAAUGUACAAUCUCUACACACUUUAUUUGGCUGUGCAAAACUAAUGUAGUUGGAGUUGAUAUCUGUUCAACAGGUUGCUGUUUUGUUCUAAACUAAAGAGCUAUUUCACCUUUUUAA